AUGUCUUCAUCAUCUAAAGUUCUUAAGCAUAAGAAAGCAUCAUUUUCUAUUGAUCAAGAUUGUCAACUUGAUGUAAAACGAAAUAUUCAAUGUCAAUCGAAACGAUUGGGAGAAGAAGAUAGUUGUUGGGAAGAUACAUUAUUUUCUCUGAAUGAAUCACUUGAAAUUUUAAAAGAAAUUGGUGAACAAAUUGUUCAUUUUCCUCGUGAACAAUUUAAAUUUAAAAGUUUUAAUACUAUUAAUCUUUUACCACAUAAUAAGACAUUUUAUGGGGAUCUUAAUUCAGAUGGUAGUUGUAACUAUUCUGAUAUAUCCUUGAUAAAACUCUUCGAUAUUAUGAAUAUAUAUAGAUAUAUAGAUAUAUAGAUAUAUAGAUACAGAUAUAUAGAUACAGAUAUAUAGAUACAGAUAUAUAGAUAUAUAGAUAUAGAUAUAGAUCCACUCUAUCGAUAGGAAUCACAAAAAGAUGUUAGUUAUCCAGAGGUUAAAUCAUGAUCACAUGUACUUAAAAGAUUAUGAUUAUGAGACACUAUAUUUGAAAUAACUGGUCAACAUUGUAACCAUUGUGUUGUUAAUCAGUAUGGAGGUAAUCGUAUGUUUUCUUCGAUACUUGGUAGUAGAGCUAUUUUUUUAUCGAUUGAUAACCAUGAUUAUAUGGGAUAUUAUUUUGAUAAAACUGAUGAUUUUGUAAAUGAUUCAAAUGUAUUAUACAUUGACAUUUUCAUUUGGUUGUGAACGAGUUUUACGCUUAAGACAUAAUCAAAGCAAAGUUACACAAGAUAUUCAUUUGACAUCGGGCUCGCUUUUCGUAUUUGGAUGGAAAACUAAUUCUGUUUGAAAACAUCUAUUGUUAAAACGCAACGUCAUGUGAACGACGUAUUGACCUUACAUAUCGUCUCAUUAACACUAUCAUACAUAGAGAUGGUACACUUACUGAAAUUGAUGAUUCUAAUUUUUCAAUUCAAAAUUAUUUCAAUAAUAAUUCUAAUGAGAACGAGAACGAGAACGAGCACGAGCACGAAGUAAAAAAAGAUAAAAUUAUAUGAACAAAUCGAAUGAUAUUUAAUUUUGUAAUUGUAACUAAUCGUGAAAAGUAUAUAUAUAUGUUGUGGUCAAAAUUCAAAUCCAGCCAAAUUUUAAAUUUGCCCAGACAGAAUUCAAAUUAGAAGUUUGUCCAAUAUAAUCUCCGUCAAAAUUCUAAUUUGAAUUUGGUCCAGGCAGAAGGGUGU